CUAGAUUCUAGGUCCUAGCUAAGGUUUGCCAGCAGAUGCGCAUGAAUGCUCAGGCGGUGAGGGUGCAGUGAGCUCUGCAGCCUGGAGUAUUCUCUUCUCGCCUGUCUUUGAAGAUACAAGAUGGCCCGCGGGGGAGCUGGCAAGCGGCCCCACUCUCCCGAGAGCGACGGGGAGGGGGCAGCUGGGCGCCCAAGCGCAGCGUCUGCUUUCCCUGAAGAAGGCGUGUUUCCCGUCAGCGACCCUGCAUUUCCGAAGAACCCCUUUAUUGAGAGCCUUGAGCUGGAUGAUGAGAGCGAUGACGGAGAGGACCUGGAUAAUUCAUUUGCAGCAAUCGCCCCCCAUGUCGAUAUCAUGUUCGACCCUCCCGCCAGGCGGCCAGCUAUCGGCGUCAAUCCCACUAAUCGAGGCAAUGCAUCACCGAUUACCGAGUCUGAGACUGAAUCGGUGGGCGGCCAGGCAAGCACCGCUUGGAGCGGCGUAAAGGGUCCGAUGCAAACAGAUUUCGUAAGCGGCGGAGUGGGAGGGUUCGACGGGGGCGGACUUGCGUCGGGCGGCUCCAGGGGUCCUGUGACGACAGUGAAUGAUAAAGGAGUGCUGGUGAUCAGGCAGAGCAGUGAUGCAGGCAAUGCUAGCGCCUCUCCUGCGGUAGGCGGUUUCCCGCAGCUCACAAAGGUGCGGACGAGGCGAGAAGAAGGCCAGCCCCUUGCACGUGGGGUAAGCGACGCCGCCCGGGGUAGCAACCAAUCAACGCCUGCUGUUGGGGCCGAGGGCAUCUCCCCCACAAGCAUGCAGUUUGCACCCGAGGCAGCAGACAAGUACAGAACGCCAAGGGAGGUACCCGAGGCUGUCUUCUCGCCAGUCGCGUCUGAGCUGCGGGAGGCUCAGGAAGACCGAAUUACCGAGACCCCACACAGUUUGCUGUCUCCCGAAGGCCAGAGACUCGCGGCUGCAUGGAGCGCUCAGGCGAUCAGGGAAGGGGGGGCACAAGCGGCUGCGCCAUGGUCUAGCAUCUCCAAUAGUUCUCUGGUCAGCCGGCCAGUCCCUGAAGACGUCGGCACCGUUCUCUGCUACAUCGUUCGCGAGAAAGACUCCUUAUACCGCCUCUACACCCAGCAGGGCACGGGUCGGCCCGACCGGCUUCUCCUCAUUGCGCGAGAACACAAACGCGCGGGCAAAACCGACUUUACCAUCGCGUCCACAUUGGCCGGCAUAAAGAGCCGGGAACCGGAAGACGGGUUUGUGGGUACGGUUCAGGGGAACGUUAUGGGAACCCGGUUUGCGUUGACCGGGGCUGGGGUUAGAGAGGAUGAGACAGGGACGGUAGAAGAAAAGAGGCUGCUAGCGGUGACGAACUUCCAGGGGUCAGCGAAGAAGCUGAGUGGGGACUAUCGGCGGAUGACGGUUACGGUGCCGAAACCCGUGGUGGUUACUGCCAGCGACACAUCUGCGGAGGCUCCGGUGGGCUCCCUCGCCCUACCCGACACGUGGGAUGCGAAAGACGGCGUUGCCCAGACCGCCGUGCUGAACACCAAAGUCCCGUACGUGCGGCGCGUGAACGGCGUGACGCAGCAUUACCUCCCGUACCACGGGCGGUGCCGGCUGCCGUCCGUCAAAAACUUCCAGCUCGUGUACGAAGACGACCAGGAGCAUGUGGUGCUUAUGUUUGGCAAGGACAGCAAGCACACCUACUGCAUGGACUACAGUUGGCCGCUUUGCGCGCAUCAGGCGUUUGGGAUCAGCCUUGCCUCCAUCGCGACCAAGUUGUGCUACGCAAUCUGACCGGGACUGUUGCAUUGACUGAUGGCACGGUGUCUACAUGGAGCCGGGCACACACACUUGAAGACUGUUUACUGACCUUGUACUUCACUUCGUUUAAAAAGCCAUUUGUAAUACAGUGGCCACAAUGUCUCUCUGUAGGCAAAGAGAGCGAUGGGUAGCAAGGGGUUUACCAAAAAAUGUUUAUGAUUGAAGCUGUUGAAAGCUUCAAUUCAUACAGCCGUCGCGUCUCUUCAUGGACCGUCUCAGUGGUCUUGUCAAAGUAUAAUAGCAUGUCUGUAUUUCUGUCGCCGCAUGGGAACCUGGUUGAUUCUUCUGGUCUGUCACGAACUUUGGAGACUUGAUCGCAUUUGUCCGAUCAACGUAUGCAAAUUAUAUCCCCCA